AUGAGUGCGUUAACAAACAUACAAUUUCACACAUCACACCCAGACUCGGAACAACAGUUUGUGGAUCACACAAAGAGUUGUUCCGUGCGGGAAUCUAACACGCGACACUGCCAGCCAGCUUGCUUAGCCACCGCACCAACCGUGCAGUCAAAACGCCUCGUAUCCGAGAGAACCUUUAUUAGAUUUAAAAAAAAAGGCUGGCAGCGCGCCUGUGGCUUCUCUGGUGUUCGAGAUGUCCAUGUGUCUUUAGGUGGGUGGCGCAGAUCUCCGUCAGGUUUGCCUCCGCCACCACAAUGUGUUAUGGCCAACAGUGGAUAUUCCUCAACUUUUGGCUACCACCAACCGGCCAUCGUAAACGUAUGCACGUACACAGACGACAAAAUGCGGCUCACAGUACAAAUGAAGGCUGCAGCAAUACUACUUAUAUUUCACAUCACAGCAACGAAAACAGCUAAGAACAAUGCACCAUCCGUUCACGAGAUCAUCAACGAACAAUCCAGAAUAGAUGACAAAAGGCCACUAUCAUACGGAAACCCACUAGCAGGCAACUCACAACAAAAUGCUAAAUUACAUGCCCAACACCAACAAGCAAUGUUCAAUGCAGAAAGGAUAAGACAGCACAGAGCACAAAUACAAAGGUGGAACGCCCAACCACAGCAAGGAGAUAGCUACAUGAGAGCUUACCAUGAAUCUCAAGAAAACCAUCAAUUAGCAUUGGAACAAAUGCAAGCCACACAAAGAGAAAAGAAACCCAAACAACGACAAGAAAGAACACAUCUAAGAAACAGACCAUCUCUAGACCCAGUCAAAUUAACCAGAGCUGAUGCUGUAGAUAAGAAUAGAAAUCAUAGAUCUUAUGGAUCAGUCUACUAUAAUAACGUACAACCAAAACACAAAGUUAACACAUCACCAGGAACAACAUACGAUCAAGGAGUUACCAUCAAACCUAAUGGGAAUAUCGGGCUGAAUAACUUAGAAAAAGAACAGACAGGUUUAUACACAGAAGUAUCUCCUAGUAAAACUCAAUACGUUUAUCCGAAAUUGUAUCAUCAAAUGCAUUCGUAUCAAUCAGCUGAUGACAUAAGUGCUUUGAACAAUCUCCUUACUAAAACCCCACAGGAACAAGUAUCAGAACUAAAUACUUUAACUCACAUGAACCAAGAAUAUGGGAAAGAUAAUCUUGAAACGCCAAUCGAUUUAUACUUUUACCUAAAUAACCCUAACGGACUGAAUAUAGUCAAUGACAACAAAAUUAAAUAUAAUGUAGAUAACGCGUAUGCAGGACCGUACGCAACCGAAUAUGUAAACUAUAAUGAUCACAAGCCAAUCACAGAAGAAGUUGAUGAUAUAGAAGAAGAUAAAGUUCCUAAUUUAAAAUUUCAACCUAUUCCUCAAACACCUACUGUUAUGCCUCAUAUGUUUGAAGAUCCAACUACAACAAAGAGUAAUUAUUACAAAAUAGAAGUGGAACAAACUAUAAGUGGUAAUUUACAUGGGAAUGGUGUUGAAUUUCCCGUCCAACACAAACCUAGUUAUGGCGCAGUGAAGUAUGAGAAACCUUUAAAUAUUUACCAUCAAGAAGCAAGCACGGAAGGUAUCAAAUAUCUCCAAGCACAACAGGCAGGAGUUCAGCAUUUGUCUCAAGAUGGAACUGGGGUAUCGGCCUACGGUGAUGAUGAUGUAAGUAUAAAAAGACGAGUCAAACGUCAACUAGACACUACAUUAUUUAUUCUAGGUAACGAAACUCUAGUUCAAAAUGGCAAUCAUUCAAAAGCCAAUGUUACUAGCCUAUCAUUAAAUAAUACGGAGUUCAAAGGUAAUGUAAGUAAUUCAAAUGAUAAUAUAGCGUUAGGAAGUGAUAUAAAUGAAACGUUACCAAACUCAGAGGAGUGGAAACGUUAUAGAUCAUUCAAUAACUUCGAUUCAACCUUUCAAUUUGCUGGAGAGGCGAAAGAUUAUGAUUAUUAUGAGGAUGAAAACAAAGAUUACGCUUACGAAAGUGAUUACGACUCAGACUAUGAAUUCAAUCCACCAGAUCUAGAUUACCCAGCACCAAACAGUUAUAAGCGUCCAGUUACAUUUACUAGACCGCCAAGACCAAGAAAUUUUGCCAAUCACAAUCUUGAUUCGCAAAACAGCUUUUCGAAUCGCUUCUCCAAUUUCAAACAUCCCAAUUAUAAUGAUUUCCAUUCGGAUCCUAGCGACGAUUAUGCCCCUUCUGAUAGUUACGGUCCUCCUGGUUAUGGGCAUUCUUAUGGACCUCCUAAGUCCCAAUUCCGGCCACACAAGCCCCAAUAUCCAGAGGUUUCCAGCUUAAUAGAUUCAUUAGAACCAGUCUACAUGUUGACAGAAUCUCAAUUAAAGGAUAUUGUUAAUCAAAGACAUGUUAAUGUACAGCAUUUAGACGUUUUCCAGUACCCAUCUCUGACUAAACCGAAGCACAGACGGGGCCCUUCAGGGCUGAUGUUCACCCGGGUUUACGUGGAAAGCGGCCUCGACCUGAUACAGGAGAACGAAUGGAGAUUAUUAAUCCAAUACGCAGCGAACUACGAAUUCGGUUACCGAGUUCGUGAUCACGAAACUGGCAAUGAUUUUGGUCACCAAGAGGCUAAAUCUGGAGACAAGACCCAUGGAUCCUAUCAUGUACUCCUACCUGAUGGUAGACUGCAGCAGGUCAAAUACUCCGCUGGUCCUGAUGGCUUCCACGCCGACAUUUCCUACGACCACUUACAAAGCAACGUUUAG